AUGCCUGUCACCGAGAUCAAAAGCCAAGAUGACUACGACAAACUCCUCAAAAAGUACAAAGUCGUCAUCAUCAACGCGGAGGCUUCAUGGGCUGGUUCCAGCAAAGUUUUGAGCCCUAUCUACAAGAGACUCUCCAACCAAAUUCCCUACAACCCGGAAUACUUCGUCCUCGCUAGAUUCGACGUUGACGACGUACUCGAUCUAGCCGAAAAGCUUGUUAUCCAAGGUGUCCCGUUUUUUAUUGCUUACGAGAAUGGGGAGAGGAAGGAUAGUGUAUUGAUGCCCAGUCCGACCAAGCUCGAGAAGUUUCUCACCGAUUGGUCCGAUAAGGCUCAUGAGAUAGGUAAACGUGGCUGA